GACCGCUCUCAUCCGCGAGGCGCCUUCGAGUUUUGGUUGGGCUAGUUUCGCCGAAGCAACCGUCAUGACCAGCUGGCUGUUACACAUCCUGCAUGUAGUGGUGCUUCUGGAGUCCAGCUGGAGCAAAGUUCUGACGGAGGAUGUGGCGCGUCUGAGCGGCGUGGAGGAGCGCGUAUUUGCGCACGGGAGCGCACGCCAGGACAUGGUCUCCAUGAGCAUGUUUAAAGUCUACGAGAAGUACAGCAAAGAGCCGCAGAAGGAUGCGAACACCGUGAGAAGUUUUAAAGCAGAACCAAGCGUCAUCCAGGGAAAAGAGGUCUUCAAAUUCAACGUCUCCUCAAUCCAAGAGUCAGAAGUCGUUCUCUCCGCCUCACUUCACUUUCUCUACAAGCGUCCCAGAAACAACCAGCGGCCGUGGAGAUUCCGAAGACCUCGCCACCCCUCUGGGAGCCUCCACCAGCCAGGUGCACCUGUACCUCUGCUAUCUUUCUAUGGAUUGCUGGCAAAGUCAGACACCAUGUCACCACUGGGAAACAUAACCCUCAGCCCUAUAAAGAAAGGCUCCUGGCAGUCGCUGGACAUCACAACAUUGUUGAGAGAAGCCAGAGACUUUAAAGACGGUGUGAUCAUGGUGGAGAUGGACGUGGGAACUGAGUCAGCUCGAGCGCAGCACAAAGGUCCCACAGAAGAACUCUCGACUGCCAACUUACCAUUCAUGAUGCUGUACUUAGAUGAUCAAGCCAUUGAUGAGCCCAACAGUGUGGCCCUCUCGUUACAACGAUACGGGCCCUUUCCUGCUGGGGAAGAGACCCCAGCCUCAGCUGCAAGAACCCGCAGGGAGCUCCACCAUCAGAUCCAAACCAAUGACAUCCCAGAGGUCCAGUUCAACACGUUAAAAAACCAAGAACUGUGGCAAAGCACAUAUUUCCCGGCGAAACCGAAACAAGCAGUUAAAGGUGAGAAGAAGCAAGGCCAGGAGAGCAGGGAGAACCUGGACAAGCCCCAGGUGCUUAGCUUUGAUGAACGGACAAUGAAGAAGGCACGGCGGAGACAGUGGAGUGAGCCCCGGGUUUGUUCUCGCCGCUACCUCAAGGUCGACUUUGCUGACAUCGGUUGGAGUGAGUGGGUGUUGGCUCCCAAGUCGUUCGAUGCUUAUUAUUGUGCUGGGACCUGCGGAUUCCCUAUCCCCAAGGUGGUCCGACCUUCCAACCACGCCACCAUUCAGAGCAUCGUCAGAGCUGUGGGAAUCAUCCCAGGGGUUCCAGAACCGUGCUGCGUGCCGGAGAAGAUGAGUCCUCUGAGUGUACUUUUCCUCGACACAAGCCGGAAUAUGGUGCUGAAAGUUUACCCAGGCAUGUCAGUGGAUACCUGUGCCUGUCGGUAGGGUGAAGUCUGGUUGCCACAAAACAGUCAUGUAUCGGUCAACUGCAUAAACUAUAUGGAGGACUAUGACAUGAACUGACUCAGAACCAUACAUGGACAUUUCACUCUCUUUGUACUCAUGACUCAUGUGUUCCUAUAUGUUUUUGUUGUUUGUUUGUACCUUAAUGAUUUUUUUCACAACAAUUUGGCAAACAACUUGAACUCAGUGUGCUAUGGUCAGACAGAAGUUAUCACUUCUAUUUAACAGCUCUUUAAAUCCAAAUGGUCAAGCUUCUGAAAUCAUAUUUAAAUUUCUUCAGUUUUCUUAUUUCUGGCUGCGUGUGGAUCAAUUAAUAGGUUUAUUGUCACAUGUGAAUGAACUGAAGAGUAAAUGACGGGAAGCUUCAGAACAUGUAUAUAUUGUCACAUAAUGGAAUAUUUCAAUUGUAUGUGUUAUUUAACAUCUCUUUUAUAUUAACUAUAAUAUUUCGUGUAAAACAACACAGUCAUUUUUUAUUCGUUUUGUACUUGUGCAUUACAGUAUAUUGUAAAUAGUGAGCGUAGAACUUGAAGGCGAGUUUAUAGGAUGGUGUGGUGCUGCCCCCUGCUGUCUGAUAGUAGACAUCAGACGGUAAAAGAGUGAACUUACUUCAUGUGGAAUAUAAUUGUAUAAAGUAUUUGUUCUUUAAACACUUCAAAAGCUAUUUGUACAGUUUGCUAUGUCAGUAGUGAUAAGGGUUUUAUAUAUAUGAACCGCCAUCAUAAAUGUAUG